UCGCUACCUUAAAAUGGUGGGAGAUCACCAUGUGUGUGUGGUGUGUUUGAGAGCGAGAGAGAGAUGCCUUGCUUGAACACCGGAGACUCGCGCGCUGCUGAUUAUACCAAACCCAAAACCCCCUCGCCGGUGUAACCCCAGAUUCCUCCCACCCCCCCUCCCGGCCCCGCCGCGCUCGCGCGCGGCCGCCGCGUUCGCCCGCGUUAAAAACCUCGCGUUCUUGAAGCAGCAGCAGCAGCAGGAGGAAGAAGAAGAAGAAGAAGAAGCGGGUGAUCGAACGAAGCUACUAGCGCGAGCGCUUCCCGAGAGAGAUCAUCGGUUAGCGAAGCAACUAGCGGCAUGGCGAUCGGGGGAGGGAUCAUCGGCGGCGGGGGGCACCACUCGGCGGUGGCGGCGCGGGUGGCGGCGGCGGCGCACGUGCUGUUCCUGACCACCGCGGUGCUCAUGCUGGUGUGGCUGCUGCACUUCCGCGGCGGCAUCAACAUCCAGUCCGACGACCCCGAGCAGAUCUUCAACGUCCAUCCAUUCGUGAUGUGCUGGGGGUUCAUUCUUCUAAUAGGAGAAGCUAUACUGGCGUACACGACGAUCCCGAUGGAUCACCGGACGCAGAAGAUGGUGCACAUGCUGGUGCACCUGGUGGCGCUCAUCCUCGCCAUCUUCGGCGUCUACGCCGCGUUCAAGUUCCACGACGCCGCCGUGGCGCCCGACCUCGUCUCCCUCCACUCCUGGCUCGGCAUCCUCGCCGUCGCCCUCUUCGGCCUCCAGUGGCUCUUCGGCUUCUUCGCCUUCUGGCUCCCGGGCACCCACGAGCGCACGCGCGCCGCCGCCGCCCCCGCCCACGUCGCCGCCGGCCUCGCCAUCUUCAUGCUCGCCGUCUGCGCCGCCGAGACGGGACUCGUCCAGAAGAGCGCCGCCGCCGCGUCCGCCGGCGAGGCCAAGCUCAUCAACGUCACCGGCAUCUUCAUCCUGCUCUACGCCGUCGCCGUCGCCGUCGCCGUCGCGCUCCGCAAGGCCUUCUUCUACUGAGGCGUGGCGUGCGUGAGAGCCGUUGGAUGGCUUGUGCGGCUAGAUGUUGUUUGAUCUGAUCCCGAUUUGAUGGCGUUGGUGAUUUUUAUGUGGUGUGAGUGAAUUUUUUUUCUGUUACAUUUAUACAGUGAACGUAUGUUCACCGAGUGUAUAUAAAAAAGUGACAUAAUUUUUACUGUGAUGAAUAAAGGAAAAGGGUACGUGUAAAAAAAA